GGGCUGGGACGGAGAGACAAGAUGGCGUCGCCCCAUUACCGAGGAGCGUCUGGAGGAGGGAGCCGGUGGGCCUUCGCCGUCGUCGGCCGCGAAUUAUAACUCGGAGCCGCCGCGCCGGGGGUUCAAGAAGAGGAGAAGGAGGAGGAAGAGCGGACGCAAGGUCCGAGGCGGAGCCGUCCGGAUUCUCAAUGGCUUCUAAGAAGUCGGGGUCUGAUUUUCACGGGCCCUUCAGUUACCUUGAUGAUGUUCCAUUUAAGAUAGGAGAAAAGUUCAGAAGACCAGCGAAAGUUGGCCUCCCUAUUGGUUUCUAUUUGCCGGACUCUCCACAGCUGAUAAGGGAAGCCCAGUAUGACUUCUCUCUCGAAAGGAAAACAAUCGAGUGGGCCGAGAACAUUAAAAGGAUCCAAGCUGUCCAGCAAGAAACGGAGCGGAAAGCCAAGGAGACCCUGGCCAAUGUGAAGGGGGCGUCGGAGGAACACCUGCCCGAGGGUUGCGGCCUGGGAGCUGCCCUGCCUCUCCCCAUCAACCCCAUCCUGGCCGGCCUGCAUCACAACUCCAUCCUCACUCCCACCCCGGCCAACAGCAGCGCUCUGAAGCAAAAAGUCUUGAGUCCCCCCCACACCAAGGCCGACUUCAACCCCGCGGACUUCGAGUGUGAAGAAGACCCCUUUGACAAGUUGGAGCUGAAGACCCUGGACGACAGGGAAGAACUCAAGAACAUCCUCCAGAUCCAUGUCGACACCACGGGGCCGAUUGUGGCCCAACUGCUCGACGGCGGCUUGCCCAAAGUGGCGCCUCCGUCGGUCCUGCAAGACCAGGAGGUCUUGGCCUCUUUGGAAAGGGCAGCUUUGGACCUCAAGCCCCUUCACAAACCCAACGGACUCGUGACCUUGCCCCAGCUGGGCGGGUGCGAGAAAGUGUCCCUCUCGCCCGUGACGUCGGUCAGCAACAUCAAGUCCCUCUCCUUCCCGAAGCUGGAUUUGGAUGAGAGUGACUUGCAGACGGCAAGGCUGGUGAACACCUACCGCGCGCACAAUGGCACUUUCCUGGGUGCUUUACCGGACAAAGCCAAUGAACUGAACGGACACCAUGGGAUCGGGGCUCCCACCUUCGGCGUGGACCCUGGCCUAGACACGCGAACGUUAUCCUCCGUGUCCAGAGGUCCUUCCCAACCCACCUCCGUAGCAUGUACAGAAGACAUUCCGGCUCUCACUACAGCCACAGCGGUAACUCACCAAAGUUUCCUGACCUCCCAAGUGCCCAAGACCACCAGCAGCUGUGCAAAAGGGCCCGGCAGCUUCUCCUAUGGGGACGUGGUGCAGGCCCUGUCCUCCAGCGAACGGGAGUGUCUUGAAAUCGUGGUGGGCAUGGGCUAUUCGUACGAAGAUGUCUUAAAAGCGAUGAAGAGGAAGGGGCAGAGCAUAGAUCAGAUUCUUGAAUACCUGGUUGUCCGUGGGCAACUCUGUGAGAAAGGCUUUGAUCCGCUCCUGGUAGAAGCUGUUCUCGAAAUGUACCAGUGCUCGGAAGAAAAGGCCACCGAGAUUCUCCAGCUCAUGAGCAAAUUUCAAGAAAUGGGCUUCGAACUGAAAGACAUUAAAGAAGUUUUGCUAUUACACAACAACGACCAGGACAAUGCCCUGGAAGAUUUAAUGACCCGAGCAGGCGCCAGCUGAAAGGCGCGAGUGGGGCAGCCCCUUGCUGCUUCUGGCCACUGGACCCCACCCCCCUGCCAUCGCCAGCCGGGUCUUCUCUGGUGCUGCGGGAAGGAGAAUGCCACGAGGAUCCUGCGUUCGAGAUGCUGUCGCAGCUGAAGAGAGUCGUUCCUUUGCCAUGCCCUCACUCCGGUCAGCUGUGCCCACCCACCCAAAAGAGAGUUCCAACCGCUUUCUUCGAUUAAAGUUUUAAGUGCCCUUCCCCACCCCACCCCCACGUUUGUUUCUUCUCAGGACUCCGGACUGAGUUGCGCAGACAAGUGUCAGGGUAGGUUUUUUUUUUUCCUCCCAAUUCCCCCCUCCCCAACCCCAAUUCUGUCCAACACACCCAACCCCACCUCUUUCCCAGUCCCUUUGUACUGGACUCAGAGAAGCGUCGACCCUUGACUCUUGACCGCGAACUCCUACGCUCGACUUCCUUACAGCCGCUUUCAUUUGUGUGCCUGCUCGGACUGCGAACGUUUCGAGACACGUUUUAAAAUCAGUUUGACGGAAGUGCAAUGGAAGAGCCAGUUUUACUCAAGGCGAGGAAGGUCGAAAGGAGGAAUUUAGUAACUUUAGUGCAACACUGGUUCACUAACGGCCGCCGAACGCCCCCGGAGAAACAUUAUGGCUUUUUCCGGCACGGCGGCACAAGCUGCUCGUGAAUUUCUGCCAGUUCCCCCCCCCCCUGCCCCCCGCCCCCGCCCAACCAAGAUAAUAAGCUGUGAAAUCUUUUGCCCCUGUUGGCUCUUCUGUCUGUCCCAGGAGUUUUUGGAUCUGUCCCACCGGAGCUGAUCAUUGUCCUCCUAUUUAAGCCACGUCAUUCCGGAGAAAUGAAGGCACAGUCAGUUUAACCGUGUAAAAUUGGCAAUGGGUUGAGGGUCUCUCUUUCUCUCUCUCUCUCUUUCAAGCACUUUCUUUAUAAUAUUCACCUCGUUGGUUCCGUUUUUUUUUUUCUUCACACAGUUAUAAUUAUUAAUCUAGUCAUAGGAAUCAGCCUUUGGGUUUUGAUAGCAAAAAAAAAAAAAGUAUUAGUUGUACAUGUUUAAAGAUUUAAAUUCCUAAAAAGAAAUAUAUAAGCGGUCUUGAUCCUCGAAGUAAUUUGCUAUUUUGGCUCUGCAGAAAGAUACUAAUAAAAUCUUAAAAUGUGGCUCGUAAUGUUCUCAGGCUUUAGGAGACAUCUCAUUUUUUUUCCUCUUGAAAUGAAAUUCCAAUGUUAUGAUUUCCCCCAUUAGCAUGCUGUCAAUAAUUAGCAUUAUUUGCCCAAAUUGCUGACUCGCUUUCCUUCAUCCUAAGAGAUUACCAGUAAUGCGCAGGAAUUGAUCUCAUGACAGCUGUCCAUCUCUCUCCAAGAACUGCCAUCUGGGGCUUUGUUCCUUGAGAUUUAAAGAGAUGACCCCUUCAUAUAUAUACUUAAUCCUCAACUUAACCCUAAUGGAACUUCGUAAGUUGUGUUGUAAAGCGGAUCAUUGUUGACAGGUCUGCUUUUAACAACUGUUCUUGUGGUGGCCGUUAAGUGAAUCACUGCCAUCAUUAAAUAAAUCCAUGGUCCAUAAUGGGCAUAUUUUACUGGAAACUGGAAGUAAACAUCGAUUUCAAUCAAAAACUCGUAAAUUGUGCUUGCGUGAUUGUGGGACACUGCCAAUGCCUGUAAAUAUGGUGUGGUUUCCAAUAGCAACAGCACUUAAGAUUUACAUACUGCUCCGCGGUCCUUU